AUGGUCGACAUCCCCAAGAAGCACAAGGCCGUCAUCUACGACGAGCCCGGCAAGGUCUCCACCAAAGUCGUCGAAAUCGACACUCCCGAGCCCGGUCCCGGCGAAGUCCUCGUCAACCUCACCCACUCCGGCGUAUGCCACAGCGAUCUGGGCGUCAUGACCAACCGCUGGGCCGGCUUGCCCUAUCCCACCCAACCCGGUCAAGUCGGCGGCCACGAAGGCAUUGGCAAAGUGGUCAAGAUGGGCCCGGGAACGGAGACGUCCACCGUCAAGGUCGGCGACCGAGUCGGGAUCAAAUGGAUCGCCGCAAUCUGCGAUUCCUGCCCUGCCUGCUUGAGUGGCCACGAUGGCGUCUGCUUCAACCAGAAGGUCUCGGGCUACUACACCCCGGGCACCUUCCAGCAGUACGUCCUCGGACCCGCGAGCUACGUCACCCCGAUCCCGGACUCCCUGCCCAGCGACGCCGCCGCGCCCAUGCUCUGCGCCGGCGUCACGGUCUACAGCGCCCUGCGGAAGUCCGGCGCCAAGGCAGGCGACUGGGUCGCCAUCCUCGGAGCAGGAGGUGGCCUGGGCCAUCUUGCCUGCCAGAUCGCCUCGAAAGGUUUGGGCAUCCGCGUGAUUGGCAUCGACGCCGGGAACAAGAAGGACCUCGCGAUCGAGUGUGGUGCGGAAGUCUUCAUCGACCAUACCCAGGGCAAUGCGGAGGAGGAGGUGAAGCAGGCGACGGGUGGCCUGGGAGCGCAGGCCGUGCUCGUCCUCACCGCGGCGAAUGCUGCCUAUGCGAGGUGAGCCGCCUCGAAACCGCAACAAUGCAUUGCAGGAAUCAUCAUGUGGCAAUACUAACCCUCCCCCGCUCCCUCUAGCUCCAUGACUAUGCUCAGAUUCGGCGGUACAAUGGUCUGCGUCGGGUAAGUUUUCCUUCCCAUUCAUCCUUGAAAGGCACACCCUGGUGCCUGCCUCCUCCACCUACCUAUACCUAUAUCCCAUCCACUAAUCUCAACCGCUCCCUCCCUACAGUCUCCCCGAAGGCGAACUCAAGGCCAUCGCAACCGCGUAUCCGCAGCUGAUGGUCGCCAAGGCGCAGACCAUCCGCGGUGUGGCCGUCGGAGACCGCAGAGAGGCCAUUGAAACGCUCGAGUUCGCCCAGCGUGGCGUCGUCAAGACGCACUUCAAGACGGCCAGGAUGGAGGAUCUCACGAGCAUCUUUGAGCAGAUGGAUCGCGGCGAGCUACAGGGCCGCAUUGUGCUGGAUAUGACGGCUUGA